ACUCAGUGAUUCACAGCUGACUGCUGCUGCUCUGUUGUGACAUUUGACACCGCCAAGCGAAACAGGAAAUACAUAUUACUUCCGGUUCAAGGCUCCGUGAGGUCAGAUAACACCGCGCAGCUCCAUUAACUAACCGGUAACCUGAGGGUCGGAAACCAGUUCAACCGCCGGUAACCGGAUGAACCGGUAGAUCACGUGUUUAAUCCCACUUACAAACAGCUGUUCAACACCUGAAGACCUCAGACGACCUCUCAGCCAAUCAGAGCUCCCCUCACUUCAGGAGAGCGCCGUGGUGCGUUCAUGGUCCACACGGCCAGACGACCUGCAGCUGUAGGCGUCCAGGUACCGGAGACCCCGGUUCUGGUUCUGGUCCGAUGGCGCGGCACAGCAAGCUGCAGAAGCAGGUCCUGAUCCUGUACCGGCACUUCCUGCGGGCCGGGCGGGACAAGCCGGGCUUCGUCCCGCGGAUCCACGACGAGUUCCGGGAGAACGCCGGCAUCAAGAAGACGGACGUGAUGCACAUCGAGUAUCUGCUCCGCAGAGGCCAGCGGCAGCUGGAGCAGCUGAGGGACGCCAACACCAAGCAGCUGGGCUCCUUCUCCAGACACGACCUCCGACCUCGGGCCGGCACCGCGGCACGGGACCCCGACUGAGCCAACGGAGGCCUCCGAGCAGACUGUUGAGAUGCUGCGUUCAGGGUCCGGUGGAGAAAAGAACACUGGUGUGAUUAGUGACAUGUUCUGGAUGUUUAAACGUGAAGUGAUGUUCUCUUCUGGUUUGGACUCCUGAACUUGAAUACACAUUAUAAUAAAAACUACUCUUACUUCAAGCUUCACAUAUUACAUUGUUGGGCUCUAAUACUAUUUCCUGGUCAGUUUACAUUCUACUUCACAUUUCACUGCAUUCAUGAAACAACUUGAAUGAUUUUACAAUGAAAACAUGAUGAAUUUAUUAAAUAUUGUAAUCUGUCCAACGGUGUUUAAAAGAGUUAAAUGAUCGCGUGUGAAGAAACACUGAAAUAUACAAAGGGACAAAUAAAU